AUGGAACUGGUGGGGUUCGAGAAGGGAGGGGAGCAUGGGUUCGGUUUGCCUGGUGAGGAGGGGAGCACCGAGGAGAAGGUUGUCGGCGAGGUUAUGCGUAUGGUGGGAGCGGAGGAGUCUAAGAAGCGGACGCUGGAAGUGGAGGAGGAAGGGAAGGAGGAAGUAGGGGGGACUAAGAAAGUCAAAGUGGACGAUACACUCUUCAAACAUGCGGAAAAAACCAUCCAAGAACCUCUCACCGCUGACUCCCCCUCCCAACAACCCCCAAUAGCAUCCCUCCGCAUGUCCGUCUCCUCCGGCUUCUACGUCCGCAGUCUAAUCCACGACCUCGGAGAAGCUCUCGGCUCAGCAGCACACAUGGUCCAACUAACCCGUACCCAACAAGCCCAAUUCGAACUAGGCAAGAAUGUGAUACCAUGGGAAGACAUGAUGAGCGAGGACACAACAAAGUGGGAGCCGCAGUUGGAAGCGGCGCUGAGGGAGACAAGUGAUGAAGGGGCAUUUGCUAAGAGGGGGGAUGAUGUGGAGGAGGGCAGUGGGGGGGAGAAUGUGGAAUUGGAAGUGGAGAAGAUGGAGGGGAAGGGUAGUUAG